AUGGUAUACUGCGCGGCGUUCGAUUGUAACAACGACUCGAGGUACACAACUGGUAUAUCCUACCAUUGCUUUCCGAGGAAUGAAGCUCUACGAUCACAGUGGCUGGCAAAGAUCUCACGAGCGGAUCUGGUCGUUUCGAAAAACUUCAGGUUGUGCUCAGAACAUUUUACACCUGACUGCUACGAACGAGACUUGAAAGCAGAAAUUCUUGGUUUGAAACCCAGAUCUACGCUAAAACCAGGUGCAAUACCCACGGUUUUUUCGCAUCGGAACCAUCAAAAAGACCUCGACUUUCAUCGGAGAAACGUUCAGAAGAGAAAGUCAGAAAAGAAGUAAGUGAAUCGUGAAUUACUCUCUUGCAACUGGGUUGGGUUGUUGCAAAGCUUGGGUUGUUGCAAACUCUUGAAGCUGCUCAUCGUUUAUGCAUGAUUGAUAAAAAAUAAUGAAAGGUGAAUGCAGUUUGGGGGCAAUAGCAAUUUAUAUCUUAAGGGAUAUCACCCGAAUAGGUUCCAUUGAGAAAGAUUAAAUUUUCGCAGAAAAGUAUUUCUUCUGUGGAUAUUAUUCUUUAAAUAAUGAAUUCUUUUAACCUUCUUUACUUCUAUGUGAAUAAAAACUUAAUACAACUGGAAAUUCUAAGUUAAAACCAGUGCAGGCUUUCAACCAAAGGAGGGCAGGGUCAGGUGUUAUAUUUUCCAAGAAAAUCCCAUUGAAUCAUUGCUAUAACCAUAUAGUAGCAUAGUUUAUCUCCCAUACCUACAUUUUUCAUUCUCUCAAAGGGGUCACUAACCCAUACCAUAACAGAGUUAAUAUUUUUUCUGUCAUAGUAUAUAG